CGGCGGAGAUGGGCGGGCCAUGGACCGAAAGGGUGCGUGUCCCUUUAAUUGCCGCUCCCAAGUUCCUGAAAUCCUCCCGUCACGGGUAGCCCUUGCUCUCUUUGGCCAUCGCCUUCCCUUCCCUCCUUCCCCAAACCCUUCCAAAACCCUCCUCUUCUCCUCUCGUAUCGUUCUCCAUGGAGUUCUGGGGUGUGGAAGUUAAGCCUGGAGAGACUGUUAAGUGUGAUCCUGGACAAGAUAAAUAUUUGCAUCUUUCCCAGGCAUCGCUGGGGGAACUGAAGAAGGACAAAGGAAACGAAAAUGUACCCAUUUUUGUGAAACUCAAUGAUAAAAAAUUAGUCCUUGGAACUCUCUCUGCAGAGAAAUCUGCUCAAAUUUCAUAUGAUUUAGUAUUUGAGAAGGAAUUUGAAUUAUCUCACAGCUCCAAGAAUACAAGUGUCUUUUUCUGUGGCUACAAGACUGUUGUUGCAGAUGAUGAUGAAAUUGAUGACUUUCAAGAUAGUGACUCUGAUUCUGAAGAGGAUGUUCAACUAGGAGAGAAGGUGAAUGGCAAAACUGAGGUUAAGGAUGAACAGGCGAAACCUACAACUGGAAAGGCUGGCAUCGCUAAGGCAGAUCCUUCAGCUGCUAAGCCCAAGGUUAGGAUAGAGGAACAUAAUAAGGCUGAUAAACAGAAGGAUCAGAAGGUGGAUGAGGAUGAUGAAGACGAUGAGGAAGAUGAAUCUGAAGAUGAGGAUGAGUCUGAAGAAGGUUCUGAUGAUGAUGAGCACAUGGCUGAAGCAGAGGAUGACAGUGAUGAUGAAAGUUCUGAUGAGGAAGAUGAAGCUACCCCUCAGAAGACUGAAAGUGGUAAGAAGAGACUGGCGGGGUCUGCUUCAAAAACACCUGCUCCAGAGAAGAAGGCAAAGUUAGUAUCCCCAUUUGGUAGUCAGAAAACAGGUGGUGAUGCCAAGAAAGGUGGCCAUAUUGCGACCCCUCACCCUGCCAAACAUGCUGGGAAGACACCUGCAAAGAGGGACAAGGCUAAGCAGCAGAGCCCCAAAUCCGCCGGUUCAGUUAGCUGCAAGUCAUGCAACAGGUAUCUCACAUAACAACGCUUUUUUGCCCCAGAACGUUUAACAGUGAGCAUGCUCUUCAGGCUCAUUCAAAAGCCAAGCAUGGCGCUGCCAAGUGAACUGUGCAAAGAUAAAUCUUUGAGAAAGACAUUCUAGGUGGGGAAUGACAGUAGAUGCUAAACAUGGUACAGGGAUGGCAGUGGAAGUCAUUACCUGCUUGGGUAUCAGUAUCUUUUGGUAUUUUGGGUUUUGCAAUUUUCUGCAACGUAAUAUUAGUUUAGAAUAGGAGUUGCCUCAUGCAGUACAUUCAGCUAGACUUUGAUCAUAAUGCUUUUGAAAGAUGAAUGAUUUUCUAGCUUUAGCCUGUAGAAAAACUAUGAUGAUUGUUCUGUGAUGGAAUCAUGGAUGUUUGGUGUCUGUUAAAGUUAUUUUUAGGGUUUGAAGCUAUUAAGCUUCCAGUCUUUGCUGGGAAAUAUGAUGAAGUGAUUAUGUGCUUCUGGAUUUGUAUUUCCUAGAUUGGAAGGAUGUUCAUACCUAGCACAGAUUUUGACUUGGCGUCA